AUGAACGGUGAAGGAAAGGUGGUCUGCGUCACCGGAGCUUCCGGUUACAUAGCGUCUUGGAUUGUUAAGCUUUUGCUCCUCCGUGGCUACACCGUCAGGGCCACCGUUCGAGACCCAAAGGAUCAGAAGAAAACAGAUCACCUUCUUGCACUUGAAGGCUCAAAAGAAAGGCUCAAGUUAUUGAAAGCAAAUCUUUUAGAUGAAGGUUCUUUCGAGCACGCAAUCAAUGGAUGUGAUGCUGUCUUCCACACCGCUUCACCGGUUACACUCACUCCCACUAAUCCUCAGGCUGAACUCAUCGAACCAGCCGUCAAGGGCACCAUUAACAUCCUAAAAGCAUGCGCUAAAGUGUCUUCUGUCAAAAGGGUCAUCGUGACAUCGUCCAUGGCCACAGUUCUUUUUCCGAGGUCCCCCUUGAAACCAAACGACUCAAUAGAUGAAAACAGCUUCUCUGAUCCAAGCUUUUGUGAAGACAAAAAGCUAUGGUAUAUACUCUCGAAGACUUUGGCUGAAGAUGCAGCAUGGCAGUUUGCCAAGGCCAACAAGAUCGACUUGAUCACAAUGAAUCCAGGACUUGUGAUUGGACCAAUCUUGCAGCCAACUCUUAAUUUCUCAGUAGAUGUGAUUGCAGAUUUUAUAAACGGUAAGAACCUUUUCAAUAGGAGAUAUCAUAGGUUUGUGGACGUGAGAGAUGUUGCUCUAGCUCAUGUCAAGGCACUCGAGACUCCUUCAGCCAAUGGACGGUAUAUCAUUGAUGGUCCGAUCAUGACAACAAACGACAUUGAGAAAAUUUUGCGUGAAAUCAUUCCUGAUUUGUGCAUUGAUGAUAAGAGUGAAGACAUUGAUAUGAUUUCAAUGACUUACAAAGUGAGUGUAGAGAAAGUGAAAAGUUUGGGAAUUGAGUUCACUCCUACAGAAACAAGCCUUAGAGAUACUGUUCUUAGUCUCAAGGAGAAAUGUCUUGUGUGA